AUGAAUUAUUAUUUUUUCUCCAAAAUAAUUUUCUUUUUAAUUUUGCUAAUUAUUACAAAGGCAAUAAUGGUAAAUGGCGGUCUUGUUAGAACAGUAUCAGAGACUAUUAAAAACUCUGAAGUAUUCAAAAUUGUUCAAAAACACCGCACAAGUUCUGUUCAAGACAAAAAUUCACUAGAAACAUUAAAACAAUUUGAAAAUAAGGAUCUGGAGUUGGUUGAAUAUGAAUAUUUUUUGGAGAAAUUGUCAGAAGAUAUUGAAAAAAAUAAAAGUAAAAAUUUAAAAAAUGCUAAAGAAGAAUUAAAUAAAUAUAAAAAUUUAAUUAGAAAUGUUAAAAAUAUGCGGGAUGAAGUUAACAAUAAAUUGGAAAAUGUUAAAAUUGAAGCAGCGAGACUGUUAAAUAAAAAAGGAUUGAAAGUUUCAAAUAAAGAAAAAUUUGUUUUGUUAGAGAUGAUAUUUAAAUAUGUUACUACAAGAAAUGAAAAUAUUAAAAAGGUUUUAAAUUAA